AUGGCAUCAUAUCAUCGCGUUCUCCGCACUUUUGAUCGGACAAUCGACGAUAACACCUUAGAAUGUGACUACGACAUCCAUCCGUGGGAUAUUCUCAUUGAUAAUCAACGAUGGCCCGGCAAAAUACGACUCGUGGGUUACAUUGACGUCUUCUUCUUGAUUUGCUACUCAGGCGAGGCUCGUUUUGAACAUGGCAUUGUCAUCUAUACUUUGCGCAAAUAUUAUUCAUUAAAUACCGAAAAGGAUGGCAGUAAGCAUACGAUUGUCAGCUUAGGCCACCCCAUUAAUCUAUCUACAAAAUACCCAAAGUCGAAGCUUAAAAAGUACACCAUUGUUCUGCACAAGGGACACACGCCAGCAAUGCAAAAGGAGAUACUGCGUGGCGUUAUGCAACACGGCGUCGUGAGAUUACUUACCGACGCUCUUAAACUUGGUGUUGUUUCAACAGCUGAACUGAUCAGCAAGGUCAAGGAAACUAUACUUAGUGGAUCGAGCUUGGACGCAGUGACAACGAAGUCUAUAAAUGCACUUACGGCGUCGAACUCACACAAUAUUUCAUUGUCGGGUGACCAACUAUAG